AUGAAUGUUCCAAUUGAGUAUUCUGAAUAAAGAGCUAAAACAGAAGCCAAUUCUUAAGCUUUCUCUUAAUCACUUGACAAUUUAGAUACAAAUAGUUUGAAGGAGGAUCUUAACAAAAGCAUCGAGGUGGGACGAAAGAAGAGAAAACAGUUGACUUUAGAAAAUCCUGAAUUUCAGAUCAAACAAGAGAUUGAGGAUGAAAAGUAGAACAUUAAGGUGCAAACCCUCAUCAGGAGAGGAGUAGCCGAUUCUCUGAAGAUAACAGACUUAUUAAAGUUGAAAAUCUCAGCUAAGGACAACAAUAAUCCUGUACACAGUCUCUUUAGAUGGUGCAUGCUCAUCCUUUACAAGGAGAAUCCUGAUAUGUAUAAUUGGUCAGAGUUUAAAAAAUAAGUCCUUGAGAAGAAUGGCGGCUCAGACUUUCGUAAUCGUUUGGGGUAUCAGAGUGUUAUUCAUAUAACCCCACUUGAAGGGGAGAAAACCAAAUACUUGCUGACUUUAAAAAAGGCAAUCGUCGAACAAAAUAGUAAGCCUGAAGAGCUUCAGCAUGUACUAGUGAAAAUAUUUGACAUAAUUGAAAUAGUAUAUAAAACUCAUGAGCAUGCAAAAAGAAUUAACCAUCUUGUUGAUGAUUUGUUGAUGCAAGAGUAGAAGAUAAAGCAGUACAGAGAUGAAAUCGACACGGUGAAUAAAGAAAUUCAGUUAGCCAAGUCUAACUUGAAAAAUUUGGAAAGCAAGUCUUUGAAUGAGGAGAUCAUUCAAGAAUGAUAUUAUAAUUAAAUUAAGAGGAUGGUUCUUUAAAAGGAAUUUAAAAUCAAUUAUAUUGAUUGUUCCUUUACUAUAGAGCCAUUUUAUUCGUUUAAUAUUUAUUUUA